AUGAAAGGCGAUGUUAAAGAGUUUCACACGGAAAUUGCUCACAUGGCGGCUUUCGCACGCAGGUCUAUGUUAGUGAGUUUCGCUCAAAAACGCUCACCAGGCGACCUUGAGCGCGAAAGGUUGGCUCAUCAGUUUUGCUCAGAAAUAGCUCACCUGGCGGUUCAGCUCUAUGUUCAUGAGUUUCGCUCACAAAACGCUCACGUGGGGAUUUUGCGCACAAAAGGCGGUGCCCAUGAGAUUCGCUCAAAAAUCGCCCACAUCGCGGUUUUGCUCAAACAAGGACUUUUUCCUGGGCUUCGCUCUGAAAUCGCUCAUGUAGCGGUUUAG